GCAACGCAAUUCAAUUUACCGCCACAAUUGGAAAUCAGCAGCUGAAAUGAGGGAUUAAGACUCAAGUGGAUCAGCGAGAUCUUUUGGAAAAAAUAACAACAAACCCUUGUAGUAUAUUUUGCGGAAGUGUCGCAUGGGAGCCCGCUGUGACGCUGCUCGCAAAGCAAAUGCAAAGACCGAAAUGCGGAAAGAAAAAGUACUAUAUGGAACUUAUAUAUCCUACAAGAUAGGCAGUCCUGCAGUGAGAUUGCAUUUCAUGUGGUCAAAUAUUUACGCUCUUGUUAUAGUUAUUAAACUCCUACAUUCAUAACAAGCAGUGCGCGCUGGCAUUUGUUGAUGCCUUUUUUAUGUGUAAUGCCCAUAUUUAUACUCUUUCAUACAUUCUUUAUGGUCAAUUUGUCGCCACUAACGACUUAAUUCAUUUCACAGACAGUGCGCCACCAGUGUGCCAGCAGCCAGCGCAUCACAGUUGUAUGCUUGCGACUACUGUUCCUGAAACUAUUAAUUUUAAAUGCGGCAGAGCGUAGCUGCGGCUACUGCUAGCGAUUGAUGAGUAGCGUAGAAGGGAAAUUCUUGAAAUAAGAGAUCAGCAAUGACCAUUAACUAAUUUAAAAAAAAAAAAGACAAGCAAAAAUAUAUGUGGAUAAAUGUACAUUACCGUUUGCUUUGAGUGGAGAAAACAUUGAAAAGAACAUCGCCAUGAAAAGCGGACGUGCACUUUUAUUGUUGCUCUCCAACGGUUAGCUAUACGUUGGUAAUUGAAUCGAAGUGAAAUUUUACGAGAGGCUUCAAAUUAAGUGCAAGUGAAUUUGUUAAUUAAUCAAUCAUACCAGCUGUCUUUAAUUGGACAGUGUGCUAUCUGCUGAAUAAUAGCAUAUUUUGGAUUAUUUCAUAUUAAGUUUUUCUUCUAAUAAUGGAUUACGGAAUAUUUAACAAUUACUCAGUCACAUUAGAUGGAUUGAUGCGUGAAGCGCAAAGUAUUAGUCCUGUGCACUCGGAAUUCUCUAACGCCAGCGAGCCAGAGAAGCCGCGCAAGGAAGUGAAUGCACGUGAACGUAAUCGCACACAAAGGUUUGUCAAUUCCGCCUUUACAACAUUGCGCAGCUUAAUACCAACAGAACCAUGUGAUCGAAAAUUAUCAAAGAUUGAAAUAUUACGAUUAGCUAAGAGUUACAUAGCACAUCUGGACGCGGUCGUUAUGACAGGCAACAACGAGAAGCCGUGUGCCAAUUAUACUAGCCCCCAUCUGUGUGAAAAUAUAAACGCAGCAGACAAACCAACAAGAUCAAGUAUCUGCACAUUUUGCGCAACUUCAAGCGGAAGCAAAAAUUAAAGAAUAUAUAAAUUGAACGUUGCUUAAUUUUAAUGGAAUAUUUAAUUGAUAAUUAUGUACAUAUGUAUGUAUAUAAGCAAGUUUAUCAUAUAAAAAAUGUUUGAGUUUUUUAAGCUAAUGGCUUAAAAUAUUUUUUAUUUGACAACUCUUAGUAAUGGUUAUGCUUUUACAUUUGAAGAUAAAAAAAAAUUGGCUUUAUUUUAAGUUUAGUGAUAUACAAAUAUUGGCGCAAUAAAUGUUGCAAUAAUAGA